UUCCUUCUCCUUUUUGUUCUCAAGUCUUGGACUGUCCCACACAGCUUCCCGGGGCUUGGGCACUGCCUGUCUUUCACCAUGGACGCUUCCUGCCUACUGUGGGCAGCUCUGCUGAUCUGCUCUCUAGGUAGCACUCCAGCAGUCAAUCACAAGGCCAUGAAGAAAUUGAAGAUAUCCUUGACUCCACCCUGGAAUAGAAUAUUUAAGGGAGAAAGUGUGAGGCUCACAUGUCACUGGAAUGAUAGCCUUCAAGAUAUCCCCACGACAUGGACCCACAACAACAACACCUUAGUAGUGACAAAUUCCAGCCUGGAAGUGGUGAACGCUAGCAUCCGGGAUAGCGGGGAGUACAGAUGUCAGAUCGGAUCUUCUGAAAAGAGCAACCCUGUGUCCCUGUAUGUCUACAGUGGCUGGCUACUUCUCCAGGUCACCCCAGUGGAGGUGUUAGAAGGCAAUCCCCUUUUCAUCAGAUGCCACAGCUGGAGGAAUUUGGAAGCCAAAAAGGUGAUCUACUACAAGGACAGCAUGGCCCUCAAGUACUAUUAUGAAAACCACAACUUGUCUAUUCAAAAAGCCUCUCUGGAAGACAGUGGCAACUACUAUUGCCAGGGCCAUAUCCAUAAGAACAACUACUCAUCCACCUCCCUUCACAUCACUGUGAAAGAAUUUGAAGAUUCCUUAAUGGUCAUUUACCAGCUACAACUUCUCUUGCGCUUGUUGGUACUGAUUCUGUUUGCUGUGGACACUGGACUGCUCAUCCUAACUCAGAGGCAACUCACAGAUCUCCUGACAUACAAGAGGAACAGGAGAGGCAAAAGGCAAGCAGCCUACAGUCUGAAGUCAGACAGCAAAAAGGACUGAGCUUCCUGCUCAAGACCCAUUUGCCUUGGCGGUUUCUCUCCAGCACAAGCAACUACUCACACAACCAGCCCCCCCCCCCCCAUAUAGUUCACAAUGUCUGCAGAGCACUCUUCAUUCCAGACCUCACACAACAGCUUCCUCUCCUCCAUAACCCAGUGACAUGCCAUAGCAGAUGCACAAUAAA